UCCUCCCAGCCUGAAGACCCUCCUGCUCACCAUGAUGAUGUUCAAAUGGGGCCUGCUGUGCACGGCCACAGCGGACAGGUGUUUGUCGGCGCCGUGCCAAAACGCCGCCACCUGUGUGGACACCAUGGACGACUACGCCUGCAUCUGCGCCCGGGACGGGGUGCGCUACAUGGGGAAGAACUGCGACCAGCUGUACGACGCCUGCGUCUUCGCUCCGUGCGAGGUGUGCUCCAGCGUCCCCGGCACCACGGAGUACCGCUGCGUCUGUCCCGACGGGCUGACCGGGGACAACUGCACCCAGGACGUGGACGAGUGCCUGAGCGACCCCUGCUCCGCGCCCCGCUCCCUGUGCGUGGACCGGCUCAACGGCUACUUCUGCAGGUGUCCGCCGGGCUUCGGGGGGCGGGACUGCAGGACCCACGUCACCGACUGCAUCGACGAGCCCUGCAGGAACAACGGCACCUGCGUCCUGCUCCCCGAGGGCUUCGAGUGUCACUGCGCCGCCGGGUACGAGGGCAAGACGUGCGAGGAGGACGUGAACGAGUGUCUGUCGGAGCCCUGCCAGAACGGGGCCAUCUGCGUGGACGGGCCGGCCGAGUUCCACUGCUUCUGCGUGCCGGGAUUCCAGGGAUACAACUGCGAGAUCGACAUCAACGAGUGCGCCUCCAGACCCUGCGAGAACAACGCCACCUGCAUCAACGAGAAGGACCACUACCAGUGCGAGUGCCUGGAGGGCUUCUCAGGAGUGAACUGUGAGAAUGAGAUCGACGAGUGUGAGUCCAGCCCCUGUCAGAACGGCGCCACCUGCCAGGACCUGACGGGGAUGUACUCCUGCCAGUGCCUGCCGGGGUUCGACGGGGUCGACUGCCAGGUGGACGUUGACGAGUGCGCCAGCGAGCCCUGCCAGAACGGAGCGCCGUGCCACGACCUGGUCAACAGCUACGAGUGCGACUGCAGCGGCACCGGGUUCGAGGGCGAUCACUGUGAGCUGGACAUCCCCGAGUGUCUGUCCGAGCCCUGCCAGCACGGCGCCACCUGCCUGGAGGGAAUCCGGGGAUACUCCUGCCUCUGCUGGCCAGGCUAUGAGGGGCUGAACUGUGAGGUGGACGUGGACGAGUGCGCCGAGGCUCCCUGUGAAAACGGCGGCGAGUGCUUCGAGAGGUCGGACCCGUCGGACUGGGACGAGGACUGGGAGCUGAACUUCGCCGACGCGGCAGGGUACAUCUGUCAGUGUCAGCCGGGGUUCGCAGGAGAGAACUGCUCGGUCAACAUCGACGAGUGCGAGUCUGAACCCUGCAAGUACGGAGGCACGUGUGAAGACGGCGUCAACGGAUACACCUGCACCUGUCCUGAGGGAUUCGUCGGUCAGCUGUGUGAGGUGGACGUGGACGAGUGUGAGAGUCAGCCCUGUCAGAACGGGGGCUGGUGUGAAGACGGGAGAGCGUCCUACACCUGCCACUGCCCUGAGGUGCCGCCGGGGCAGCUUCCCUGGGGGGGGGACCACUGCACGGUCCAGCUGCACGGCUGCCGGGACCACCGGUGCCAGAACGGAGCCACCUGCCUGCCCUGGCUGGAGGACGGACAGCAUGGACACACGUGUCUCUGUCCUCACGGCUUCUACGACGAGCACUGCUCCACCAGGACCACCUUCUCCUUCUCCUCCCCUGGAUUCCUCCACAUCCUGGUGGUCCUGGAGGAGCGGGUCCGCAGGGAGGUGCAGCACCACGCCCACGGAGGACUCGGGGUCCAGAUGCGUUUUCGGACCACCCUUCCGAACAUGCUGCUGUUUUUCAGGGGGGACGUGUCGAACCACCUCCUCCUGGAGGUUGUGGAUGGACGUCUUCAUGCCAACGCUUUCUCUGAGGAGUCUGAGCUGGACGUGGUCUUCCCCCGGCCGGUCAGUGACGGAGACUGGCAGGACGUCCACGUGUACGUCCACGAUGGACGUCUGGUUCUGACUCUGAGAGGCCCCGGCUGUGACGGGAACGGGUGCAGGGUGACCGACGGCGGAGCAGGUGACCCGCCCUUCCAGCCCUCGGAGGCCUUCAGUCAUGUGUAUGUGGGCGGAGCCCCGGAGGAGCUGAUGGAGUACUCCCAGAGUGCCGCGGGCUUCAUCGGGUGUAUGGAGGACCUGGUGGUGGAUGCUAAGCCCAUUCUGCCGCAGGCUCUCCCGGAGAGCCAGGCCCCCGAGCUGGGAUGCAGUAAGACCGACUGGUGCGAGCCGGAUCCCUGCCAUCAGCACGGGCGCUGCGUGGACCUGUGGACCAGCUAUCGCUGCGACUGUGAGCGGCCCUUCCACGGUGAAAGCUGCUCUGAAGAGUUCCCUUCAUGGACGUACAGUCACGAGGACACUCUGAGCUUCAGCGCCUACCAGGUGGACCGAGACCACGGCAGCAACUUCACCGUGUCCUUCUUCCUGAGGUCUCUGAAGCCGGACGGUCUGCUGUUCCAGCUGAGGGGGGAGGCGGGGGAGGCGGGGGGGCGGCCGUACUUCUCCGUCUACCUGGGGAUGGGCCGGGUGCUGGUGAGCUCGCUGCCCGGCAGCGCUCCGCUCACCGCUCCCGUAUUUGUGACGACGGGCGAGAAGCAGCUGCUGCGGGUGGAGGUUCGACGGCGACAGGUGAUCUUCCAGCACGCCGGGCUCCGCUACGCUGUGGGACAGUUCCCCCAGGUGGAGGUGUCCCGCGGGGACAGGGCCUACGUGGGGGGACUCCCCACGGACUGGGACGCCCAAGGGUGGGGGGGGCAUUUCAAAGGCUGCCUGCAGGACCUUCGCCUGGACUCAGUGCACCUGAACGUGGAAGACAGGGAUGACGAGGACGAGGAGGACGAGGAGGACGUGAAUUUAUCCGUCCAGGCUGAAAACAUGAAGAGGGACUGCAUCAGCGACGACACCUGCAAGAUCAGGCCCUGCCAGAGCGGAGGGAAGUGCAUGGUCACCUUUAACGACUUCUCGUGCUCGUGUCCGGAGGAUUACACUGGGAAGACCUGCGAGACCCGGGUGUGGUGUGUGAGUGACCCCUGUGUCCGCGGAGGGAAGUGUGUGGACCUCCCCGAUGGCUACGAAUGUGUGUAUAACGCCACGUUUGAGAACAACCCGGUGUGGUUCAGCGCCGGCGGCUCGCUCACCCAGCCCGUCUCAGACGUGUACCUGGAGCUGCGGACCCGGUCGGAGAACGCCGUCCUGCUGAGGGCCUCCUGGGGCCCCCACCUGCUGCUGGUGGGCCUGCUGGACGCCUCGGUCCGGGUGGAGAUCCACCUGGGCGACGGCGAUGGCGAGGUGCUGGUCUUCACGGGGGUGCGGCACAUGGCGGAUGGGAAGUGGCACCGCGUACGCAUCUUCAUGGCGGACAGGGAGCUCAGGUCCUCGCCGUGGGUCAUCGCCGUGGACGGGAUCACGGACGCCAGCAGCGCCCCGCAGCGGGCCGGCAGCAUUCACUUCCUGGUGGAGAAGGCGGCCACGCUGGCCGUGGCGGAGAGCUUCACUGGCUGUCUGGGGGCCAUCAGACUCGGGGGGGUCUACCUCCCCUUCGUGGAUAACUACAAGGCCCCGCAGGCCGCCCAGUUCCACGUGGUGGGAAAACCCCGGAUCCAGCUGGGCUGCAGCAGCGCCCCGGUGUGCGAUUCGGACCCCUGCCUGAACGGAGCCACCUGCCUGGACCUCUUCAACAAGUUCGGCUGUGUGUGCGACUCGGGCUGGGAGGGGGAGACGUGCGAGGUGGACGCAGACGACUGUGCGUCUCAGCCCUGUGUGCACGGCAGCUGUAAGGACUACCUGGCCGGGUUCGAGUGCCGCUGCCAGGCCGGGUAUGCUGGGACGCUCUGCGAUGAAGACCUGGAUGAGUGUGAGCAGCAUCCCUGUGAACAUGGAGGGACCUGUCAGGACGGACCUAACAUGUUCACCUGCACCUGCCCCAGGGACUACAGCGGCCCUCGCUGCCAGUGGGACUAUCCUCCAGCGCAGUGCGGCCGGGACGUCCAGUGUGUGAACGACGGAGUGUGUAACGACGGCCCCUGGGGGGCCAACUGUACCUGCAUGCCUGGAUUCACUGGGAGCAGAUGUGAAACGGAGAUCGACGAGUGUCAGAGUAACCCCUGUCGAAACGGGGGCUCCUGUCUGGAUCGCUUCAACAUGUUUGUGUGUGAAUGUCCUCCGGGAUACAGCGGCUCCACCUGCGACACCAACAAACAGGCCCAGAAGCACGUCCUGCCCUGGCUGGUGGCCGUCGUCCCUCUGCUCUGCAUCUGCGUCCUGGUCCUGAUCGCCGGGCUCGCCGUCAUGGUGUUCACCGCCCGCAAGAAGCGCCAGUCGGAGGGCGUGUACAGCCCCAGCGCCCAGGAGCUGGCCGGGGCCCGGCUGGAGAUGGACAGCAUGCUGAAGGUCCCUCCGGAGGAACGGCUCAUCUGA